GCUGAGCUGAUUCAAGCUCUUGUCCUGCUUACACACUUCCAUGCACUUUCCUCUUUUAUUCUGGGAUGUGGAAUUUAUCCUCCAGAGGGACUAAAUAUCGAGCGCCCUCCUUCUCCUGAUGUGUCCUUGAAUCAGGGGUCAAGCACUCCACAAGAAGCAGAGCGUGUACUGGCUGAAAUGAAGAAGCUGGAUGAGGAAGAACAAGAACCCAGUCAGGAGGAAAUGGAGACUAGGUUUGAGAGGGAGAAGAGAGCAUGCGUUAUGGUGACAUCCGAUGAUGAUAUAGCGCAGUCUAAGUUCUCUCCUGGCAUUUUCUGUUUCCUGGAUGAUCCAGAUUUUGGCUACAUUGAUUUCAGCAAGAGAGGUGAACAAGGGCCUCCCACAUUUCGUGCUCAUGACUACACAUGGAAUACACAUGGAUAUUCACUGCUACAUAGAUUGUACCCAGAGGUGGGACAACUUCUGGAUGACAAGUUUCAAGUAGCUUACAACUUAACAUAUCACACAAUUGCCUCGCAUCAGGGAGUGGAUACAUUCAAACUGCGUAGAGCUAUAUGGAACUAUAUUCAGUGCGUUUAUGGAAUCAGAUAUGAUGACUAUGAUUACGGCGAGGUGAAUCAGCUGCUAGAGAGAAGCCUUAAAUUGUAUAUGAAGACUGUGACAUGUCACCCAGAAAGAGUAAACCGGCAAUUAUAUAAUGACUUUUGGCGGGAGUUCAAGCACUCAGAGAAGGUGCAUUUGGACUUGCUACUGUUGGAAGCCAGACUACAAGCUGCACUGCUGUAUGGUCUCAGAGCGAUCACCCGCUACAUGACGUGA